AUGUUGUGGAUUCGCAUAAGGUUAAUUCAUAUGGUUUUAAAUAUAUGGAAUUUCAUAGUUUAUGAGGAAUUUUUUUUAUCAGAUUUGAAAAAUCUCAAUGAAUAUGGCAAAGAAUUCAAUAAUGAUAAAGUUUUAUUAUGUAUAAUUCAGCUGAUAAGAAAUUUAAGAUGAUUGCCAAUUAAGGCAUUUUGAUCAGAUUCAAAUUAUAUCAGAAAUUGUUAUUAAGCUGCUAAUUUCAAAAUGGCUUAAUAAGAAGCACAUUUGUGCAGAGAUACUUAAAAUCUUCAGAUUAUUUUAAUAAAUUCAAGUUAACCUAA